ACUUUAUUUAUUGUUUUGGGGGGAUUGUUAGGCAAAAGGGCCCAAGGACAUCUUUCACAUCCCAGAGUCCACCACCCCCUUCACGCUCCAGCUUUCGCUUGGGUAAAGGGAGCGCGACGUGUGUGGGGGGUGUGUGGAGGGGAGAGGGAGUGAAUGCAUCCCCACACCCAGACGCUUCCCCCCCCUUAUUGGUUAGCGCCCUCUGAUUGGCUGAGGGGGUCUGCACGUUGCGCUGGGAUUGGGCAGCGGGGCUGUCCGGCGCGUGAGUGUAGCAGCUGGGGAAGGGGCGUUGGCAGACUUGGGAGGUUUUUUCUUCGGCGGUGUCUGAAAGGGAGGAGGGCCCGAGCAGCCGGGCAGCCUGAGCCCGGUCUGACCGGGUCGGGUCGGACCGGAGGCUGUGUGGAUGACCGGGGAGGUGGGGUCUGAGGCGGGGCGGAGUCCGGGAGCAGCGGCAGCGGCGGUCCCGAGAGGAGGGACGUGCCUGGUCACCGCCCCCUCCUCCUCUUCUUUCCCCCCCUCCUCCCGCGAGCUGCGAAAGGGGCCAGAGAGGCGGCAGCGGCAGCAGCGGCAGCAGUAGCAGCGGCGGCGGCCGGCAGCUUCAUUCCCAUCGUCCUCCUCCUCCUCCUAUUCUUCCUCCGCCAGUGAGGCUUUCUCCGCCUUGGGAGCGGGCUCACCUAGGGAGCGAGCGAGGGGGCAGACAGGAGGGCGGGCGGGCUGGGGAGAGGAGGCUUCGGCCAUGGCUACUACCACCAGCACCACCGGCUCCACCCUGCUGCAGCCCCUCAGCAACGCGGUGCAGCUGCCCAUAGACCAGGUCAACUUCGUAGUGUGCCAACUCUUUGCCUUGCUAGCAGCUGUUUGGUUUCGAAUUUAUCUACAUUCAAGCAAAACUAGUUCUUUUAUAAGACAUGUUGUUGCCACCCUUUUGGGCCUUUAUCUUUCACUUUUUUGCUUUGGUUGGUAUGCCUUACAUUUUCUUGUACAAAGUGGAAUUUCAUAUUAUAUCAUGAUCAUAAUAGGAGUUGAAAAUAUGCACAAAUAUUGUUUUGUGUUUGCUUUGGGAUACCUUACAGUGUGCCAAAUUACCAGAGUCUAUAUCUUCGAUUAUGGACAAUAUUCUGCUGAUUUUUCAGGACCAAUGAUGAUAAUUACACAGAAGAUCACUAGUUUGGCUUAUGAGAUUCACGAUGGUAUGUUUCGAAAAGAAGAAGAACUAACUCCAUCACAGAGAGGUUUGGCUGUAAGACGCAUGCCAAGUCUACUGGAGUAUUUAAGUUACAACUGUAAUUUCAUGGGUAUCCUGGCAGGCCCAUUAUGCUCUUACAAAGACUAUAUUACUUUCAUUGAAGGCAGAUCAUACCAACUGACACAGUCUGAAGCAAAUGGAAAAGAAGAGAUACAAUAUGAAAAAACAGAACCUUCUCCAAAUGUUGCAGUACUGCAGAAGCUCUUAGUCUGUGGGCUUUCCUUAUUAUUUCACUUGACUGUCUCCAAAUCAUUACCUGUAGAAUACAACAUCGAUGAUCAUUUUCAAGCUACAGCUUCACUUCCAACAAAGGUUAUCUAUUUGUAUGUCUCACUUAUGGCUGCCAGACCCAAAUAUUAUUUUGCAUGGACUUUAGCUGAUGCUAUUAAUAAUGCAGCUGGAUUUGGUUUUAAGGGCUAUGAUAAAAAUGGACAAGAAUGUUGGGAUUUAAUUUCCAAUUUGAGAAUCCAACAAAUAGAGUUUUCAACAAGUUUUAAAAUGUUUCUUGAUAAUUGGAAUAUUCAGACAGCUCUUUGGCUUAAAAGGGUCUGUUAUGAGAGAGCCUCCUUUAGUCCAACCAUUCAGACUUUCAUCCUUUCAGCCAUUUGGCAUGGUGUAUAUCCAGGAUAUUACUUAACAUUUUUAACAGGGAUGGUAAUGACAUUAGCAGCACGAACUAUGAGAAAUAAUAUUAGACAUUACUUUAUUGAACCUCCGGAGGUUAAAUUAUUUUAUGAUGUCAUAACAUGGAUGGCAACUCAAGUAGCAAUAAGUUACACAGUGGUACCAUUUGUACUUCUCUCUAUAAAACCCUCUAUUUUAUUUUUCAGCUCCUGGUAUUAUUGCCUUCACAUUACUGGCAUCUUGGUAGUGAUCUUGUUGCCAGGGAAAAAAACUAACAGAGGAAAGAAAAUACAGCAAGAAGACCACCUCUCACAAUCCAAAAAAGUAGAGGAAGAACAAAGUCUUUUGGGACAGAACAGUUAUUUAGCAACAAAUAACAUCCGCAGUCAGCAGAAAAAAGUAACUCCCAGAUAUUCAGCACUAAAACAAUGAUGGAGAGAAUAUUAAGCUGGCUAUUUUUCAUGUCUUCAGAAAACAGUUUUAGCACCUUUUACAGAGGUUUGUAUUCAACUGAAACAAAAUUAAGUGACAAAAUGGACAUAUAUAAAUAUAAAUAUAUACAUAUAUAUAUAUAUAGGGAAUAUCUUGUAUAAUAAAUAGACUGCAAAUAGAGUGAAUUAACCCCUCCUGUGCCAUGUCCCUGUGGGUCAUGCCUUAUAUGAAAAUAUUUCUAUAAUUUCAAUGGGCACUCAGGACUUCAACGUAUGUCCAUAGGGUCAUAUGGGUGCCCUUUGAUGAAUGUACGUUGUGUAUCCUAAGGCACAGAGGGGGGGUAGAAACAAUUGUGUCAAUCUAGAUGAAGAGAGGGAAAUUUAACUUUUCCAGAUAAAUGCUUUGCCUUAAAACCCUCUAUUUACUGAAAUAAUUGUUUCUAAAUGGUAUUUUCAUGUUUAAUAUUUGUGUAAAAAGAUGAUUUCAGAUAUUUAAUGUUAAAUGCAGUAAAGGAAAUUAGAAGAGAGAAUUUUCAUCAGAAUGUUGAAAAUGGUUUGUAAAAUGCAAUAAACAUCUCAGUAUUUCGAGGGUUUUCUUAAAAUUAUCUCAAAACAACUUACGUAAAUUGCAGAGUUGUAAACAUUACCAAUGCCAAACUAUAAGUAGCCUAGAUUGGCUGAUUUUAAUUAUAUUGUAUCAGUCAGAUUGAACCCUUCUUAGAAUAUUUUUCUUAGACAUAUAAUUUAAAUAUGGAAAAUCUGAUAUUUUAAGUUUUUUUUUUUAGCUUUUUUUAAAAAAAAAGAAAACAGUAAGUGGACCUUGCAAUUAGAGACAAGUUGGCAAUCAUAGGACCCAGAUCAAUAAAUUGCAAGUACGUACCAGGUGCUCAGCAGAAGUGCUACUUACCCCCUAACAUGUCUGAAUUUAUGUUAUUAUUGUGUUUAGAAUAUUCACAGAUUUAAUAACUAAAUUUCUUUAGAAUUUUUAAAGUAAAGCUUAUCAGGCAUAAAAACCUAUAGAAUUAGGAAUAGAUUAUUAAAUGAUAUAACUAAAACAGGAUCAUGGAAGUAAGUAAAACAUUUUCACUGGGUUAAAUAUAAAAGCAGGUUACCUUAGGCUAAUUAGUGAACUGUUUAGCCUCUGAAAUAUAACAGCCUAAUUCAUGUUUUGAAAAAUUUAAGGGGAUUUAGAUGACUGUUGGUAGAAAAGAUAAACCACAUCUUUAGAAAACCUUAUACAAAGAGUAAUAUUUAGAAUUAUUAGAUGUUGUAUAAAGUAUUGUCAUUUAGCACCAUUUAAUUGGAAAUUCUCUAAGUACAAAAGUAUGUUUUUAUUUUUAUUUUGGACCAUUUUCAUGUGCUUCCCUUAAAUACUACAACAUUGUCAUUAUUCCCAAAAGCCACAUAAUUCUUUUGCAUUAAUUUGCUCUUGGUUGUGACUAAGAAAGAGCACAGAAUUAUCAAUUUUGUACAAGGACAUUUGGCAGGAACCAUCACAAAACCAUUCAGGUUCCCUAAAUCUUGUGAUAACAGGGCUCCUAGUAUAUGGAACUGCUGAAAAAAGGAAGAAAGAUGUGUUUUCAUUUUUUUCCUGAUAUUUUAUUUUGCCUUAUUUUUAUUAAAUGCAAACUUUUUACAUUCACCAAUUCCUUUUUGAUAGAUUAUCAUGUACAAAUUAUGAUUAACAAAUUGAGUUAAGGGCAAAACAGCCUAAUAAUGUGGGAAUGUAUGAAGUAGUGCUGGAUUUUGUAGAGGGUUUUUUUUUUUUUUCAAAAAAGCAAAGAAAGCUAAGAUACCUGCCAUUCAGCAGGGUCCUAAUCAGCAAAAAUGUAGAACUGCCUUUUUUUUUUUUUUUUUUUUUUUGAGCCUUAGAAAAAUAUCAUAGACUGCCUUGGCUCAGUCUUUGUUGAAGCCUCUUGUUUCACACCUGUCUGGAAAUGUAGGUGGGGCUGGCCCUCUCCUAAGAAUUUUCCAGGAAGAAAUGGAAAGUGAAAGCAUAUUGAAAUUAAGAUACACAAAUAAUGAGAGGACAGAAAUGAAUGUACACAGAAAGAACAGUUAAAUUUGUUGGCAGAAAAGUUUUCCCUUAUUGAUGAGUAUGGCAGAAAACCUAAGAACUUUUAAGAAGAAUUAUUAGAGUAUUGGUUUUAUCUAGACCUUUCUGGCUAGUGGAAAGCAACAAGCCUUGUAUCUAAAUAGGGAGCAGAAGGAAGCUCAAAUCCUCUUCUUUUUAUUUGUCUGCCUUGCCCUUAAGGAAAUAAUAAAUAAUCAGCAUCCAUUUUAGUUUGACAUAAUUUGUUUGCAGACUCUGGAAGAUUACCUAACCAAGCUGCUCAUUUUACAGGUGAACAAACUGAGGCCCAGAAAUGUAACAUGAUUUACAAAAUGUGAUUUACAAAGCUGGUGAACCUGUAGAACCAGAACUGUAUUUCCAAUUGAAUCCUCUUUCCAUCCCAUAUGUUUCCUCCCUCAUUUUAGUAGGCUGCUGUUUUAUGAGGUUCAGUGGUCAUCAUCUGUCUAUAUUAUUAAAGUGAAAAUCUUUUUCAUUCACUCAAUUCCUGCCAAAUUAAAUAAUUAUUUUUCCUCUGGUCCAGGACAGAUUAUAGCAUAGGCCUUUGCUUCAGAAAGAUCAGUGGACUUAACUGGUUUCUAGCUUCUAUCUUGGUUUCUAGCUGAAAAGAGUAUUUCAUUCUCUGUCAAAAUAGAAGAGCACUAAUGCCAUAGGUAUCCCCAUUACAGGGUCUGGCUCUUGAUAAGCAAAUAUAACUAAAUACUUGGUGAUUAAUUAUUUGUGAAAUGUUAUAAAGAUUAAUGUGUUGACUGUUUCUUUUGGAGGAUUAUACUCUAAUGGGCACUUGCUUUAAAAAAUAAUUUUAACAAUAGUGCAGCUAGAUUUUAUUUUUUCACUUCUUAAACUGGCAUUAGUGAAUUAUAUACAUAAUUUUUACUUUGUGAUGAUUAUAUACAAAAUAUGUAAAAUGCAUAGUUUAAAUUUGAGGAUUUUAGAUCUUUAACUAUGCUUUAACUAUUCUUACUGUUCUCUCCUUGUUUUUAUUUUUAUCAUACAGUUAAUUUCUAUUGUAAUUUAAAUAAGUAAUCAAUAUUGAUUAAAAUCACUAAAAAAUCCAUCACUAUUUUAUACAGUUCAGUUCUCUAAUUUUGAAAUAAACAUCUUCUUUGGAAUGAAGGAUAAUAGAAAAAAUAGAUGUGUCUGACAAAGAACAUGUCCCUUCAUUUCAUGCCAUCAAGAUUUAGGUUUUUUUUAAUUGUCUUAUGGUCCGGUGUGUGUGUGUGUGUGUGUG